AUGUCCGCGAAGGUGCACAGCAAGAAAUGGAUCAGCGAAGAGACUUCGGAGGAGGAGGAAGCCUUCAGCCAUGGCAGGGAGAUGGAAGCGAUCUGUUAUGCUGUCACCAAAGUCAUUUUGGACUUGGAUAACAAAUGGAAAGGCUCCUUGAGGAAAAGCACCAGCCAUACCUUAUCCAAUCGUAGCUAUAUUAUGGAGUUAGUUAAUAUACAGGAUACAAGAUGUGUUUUGGAUAACUUUUCAAGUUUCAAAACCUUGAAAUUUCAGGUACUAGAUCAAAUAAUAGAAUAUCUAUCGAAGUUAGUGAAGUCAUUCUACAAAUUGAACCCGAAGUUGGCAAGGUUGAAACGAGACAAUGGCCUGGUGGAAAGUAAACACGAGCACGCGUUCGACCAGCUGUGCGGGUCCCGGUUCAUCAUGCUGCAAGCUGUGAGCGGGCUCAUCACGACGAUACUUAGCACGUGCCUGCAUAGGGAGGACUCUAGGAAAAUGAUUGAAUGCUGUUUGAGCUUAGUAUCAAUAUACAAUCACCUGAUUGGGCUAAGCUCGAAAAAGUUCGCAGCCAAAUUCAACGUGUGCAGCAAUACCUACCCAAGCACAAUCAGCGAAACUAAAAACAUCACUCUAACUAAAAUAGUUCAAAUUCUUGCCAAAAGUCGCGUAGAAAUCAACUGCCACCGACUUAUAAACUGCCUGGUAAAAGUGUAUAAGCCCGAAGAUAAUUCUGAUAAUGAAUCGAGCUCAAGCACUGCUGAAAGCUUGGAAAUCUACCACACCCUAACAAAACACAUCACCCCGCCAACCUCCACGAUAUCCCGGGAAAUGACAGUCGAGAAACGCCGGGAGGCCUUCAUAGAGAACAAGAAAGCGAAGAUGAAGCAAGCACAGAGCUUGAUUGAAGUUAAGAACAAACAGAACAAAAAGUUGAGCGAUAUACUAAACGCGCAGAAUUCCGAUUGUGAUAUCACGUACGCGUCUCUGCUGACCAACGAAUGUGUGUUGGAACACAUCUUUAGUAAUGAAGAAAAUGUAAAUGGCAUUCUGCAGAGCGAGGAAAUGUAUAUAGAAAUUCUACUGGACACAGUAGCUAAUAUGUCUGCACCAUUACUGGGUACUAAUGGAACUAGAAAAUUAAAGUCAGGUCGCAUUCAAGCCAGCAAAAAAGCUGCUCAUAAAGUAACAGAAUAUUACCAAAACAUACUGUGGGGAGACGUGGGCAGCUGCUUAGAACAUAUUCUUCUUUGGUGGUCGUCAUACCCUUUAGCAAUAAGAUCUCCAAACACCAGUCAAAAUCUACGUGAAUGGUUAUUUGGCACGUUCAACGUUCAUAAUACACCCGAAUUGAUUUUAUCUGCGUUGAGGAUACUGGCCGAUGCUUUAGGAUGCCACGUCACAACCACAUCUUGGGAUAAACAUUUCGGAGCCACAUUGACGACCAAUCUAACAGCAACUUCUCUCAAACUGCAUCCUGAAUUAUCACUGUAUGUUACUGAGAGUACGGUCUCGGGAUCAAACUUCGCGUUGAUGCUGCAUGAGCUGGUGACCCUCAACAACCAGUGCGAGGUCACGUGGGACUACAUACUCGGUGCGCCGAUUGAAGACCUGCCCAUUGUUGAGCAGAUACCCAUACUGCAUAGAUUGGACCACUCCAUCCACACCUACCGUCUAUGGUGCUUGGCAGAAACGCGGCGGCUGGCCGGGCUAUGGGCUGUAGACGACUUCUUCCGCGUGGCGCACAACGACAUGCGCGCCUGCAUGGAGCAGCUGCUCGGGCUGCGUUUCGCCGACCACGGCGCCGCCAUCGAGGCGGGUGAGUGGGACCGUGGCCCACGCCCCACAGACUUCUUCCGCGUGGCGCACAACGACAUGCGCGCCUGCAUGGAGCAGCUGCUCGGGCUGCGCUUCGCCGACCACGGCGCCGCCAUCGAGGCGGGUAAAAUUGGCGUUCAUGAAAACGUGUGCGCAAAAAUGAGGGAAAAAUUGGUUUCUGAAGUAAAAGUUAACAUACAGAAACUGAAGGAAGCGACAGAGGAGAUAGUAAUCGUGCUAUCAUCCGUAUGCGCGACUACAAGUCUAGCGCACCUCACGAUGAUCUUCCCGCGGCCGGCCGCCUGGCGCCGCGUCACGCACCCGCCGCGGCUGGAUCACUCCAUCUACGUGCACGAGUUCCUAAAGACAGUGUUCGUGCUAUCAUCGGUAUGCGCGACUACGAGUCUAGCGCACCUCACGAUGAUCUUCCCGCGGCCGGCCGCCUGGCGCCGCGUCACGCACCCGCCGCGGCUGGAUCACUCCAUCUACGUGCACGAGUUCCUAAAUAAAAUGCUACUGCCAGUUAUCAAAGCGACUGAUGAUAUAACGACUUUGAACAUGGUGCUAAGAAUAAUGUGUGAAUCCUGGCUGCAUCACAUAUACGUAGCCAAAGUUAGAUUUAGUAAAGAAGCAGCAGCGCAACUACUAGCAGAUUUCAACGAAGUGCGUAACUGGUUGAACGACUGCAACCCGCUGUCAAAUUUAGCCAAGAAACAAAUGCUACAAAACGAAGUCCUCAGGCGGUGCGAAGGUGUGGGACGGUUACUUUUACAUGCGCCUGGCGACCUCAUCUCCAUGCAAGACUCCACUAUGCAGGCCUCACAGCAUGUACGAAAAGACGACAAAGAAAACGACUCACCCGAGCAGCUAAUGCCGGCAGAGAUGUACGUUCCAAACCAGAAGCAAUGGCUGACGUUACGCGCCGGGCGCUUGAGCGGCCCGCUUGCACUCACUUGCUGCGUGGCUCUCAGUUGAUAAAUACACUAUUCUUAUACA